AUGUCAGGGGCCAAUCCAUCUUGCUGUGGCGAAUGCGAGCUUGACGUUAAGAAUGUAGAUGUCUACUACUGGCCCGAGCCUGUUGUCAACACGUCGUGUCUCAGCAUCAUUGGGGACAGCAUCAGACCACUUGAUUAUGGUGCUACAAAGACCGUGGACUCCAACAAUGAGACUACUACCUACUGGGGUUGCGAUGCCAGCAUGGAAACGGACUACAUCACCCGAUAUAGUUCUGCUAUUACGUAUCCAGUAGUGACUAUAACAGCUAGUAUCUCGACUAUUGGCUCUUUGCUAAUUAAGGCCUCACUAUUCGAUCCAUGGUCCCCAUCACCAUGUACCGUCAGUGACUUAAUGUCCCAGGGGUCGAAUAUAUCCGCAGACAUUCGUGUCAAGCAUGCAACAAUGCACGCACGAGAUCACACUUUAAUCACCCCGUCUUCCGUUACCCACAAUGGUAGUUUACCAGUGACUACCAUUGUGUCAGGCAAUUUCACUUUUACCUCUCCGUCUGUGUACGCCAGAUUCCACGGAAUAACAGCAACAGACCAGUGCGGCGGCGUAGUUCUAUCGACUACGAUGGUCGCCUUCGACCCUGGAGAACUAUCAACGAUCGCUGGGCCACUUGGGGGGCCUUAUGGGCUUGGCAAUGCUGGGCUCGGCAAUGACGUUAAUGGUGGAAAUCCAUUUUCUACAAAAAGUUUUAAUUUCAACGAUCUGCCUUGCCCGCCGCAAAGCGUAAUGGAACAAAACUGGUACAAACCACAGCCCGGUGAACCGUACCGCCCUCUUAUUGCUAUGCCCAGUAAACUGAAGGAGAUUGUUCCUUGGUUCUCUAAAUGCGACUACGACUACUUCACAGCCUAUGAUCCCCCCAGUGCCCUGACGGUUGAAACAGCACUAGCCCCACCUAUCGUGCAAAAUGAGCCGAAAGCUCAUCCUUGGGCGCCAGUGCCAAGUCCUACUUUAACUUCAGAAGCUAGACAGAUAGUCGGCACCGAAACGUCAAUACCUAUACCUGCGAAUGUCCCUACGUUGGAUCAGCCAAAGGCUACAGUUACAACAACUUCGGUUCCCCCAAAGCAGAUUGGCCCUCACCCUAAUGACCCUGCAACUCACGAGAGUCAGCCGUCCCAGCCGCUGUCUAAUCCUGUAGAAUCAAGCGGCGAUCUCAAAGGAGGCAACGACCCUCAACAAAAUAACGAUCCUCAGCAAAGCAUUGAUCCCAAACAUGGUUCUGAUUCAAGUUCAGUUGGAAAUCCUAAGCAAGCCAGCGAUCCCAACCAAAGUAAUAGCCCAAAAGAAGGCAAUGAUAACAGUCGAGAUCCUGGACAAGAAGCAGAUCCCAAGCCCAACAGCGAUCCCAACCAAGCCGAUGAUGGUCAAGGACUAACCCAGAAUGCAGGAGCAGUAGCACAAUCGGACCCAAAGCAGAACAAUGACGCAAAUCCUUUCGACAAUUUGGCCGAAGGCCAAACCACGACUAUAAACAACCAAGCUGUGCAGCCGCUUCCUCAUGGCAUCUCCAUUGCAGGCACUACCUUGACCGCAGGAGCCCCACCAAUCACCGUCUCCGGAACCCCAAUACAACUCGGUCCGUCCGCUCUCAUUAUAGGUGCAUCUACCAUACCUCUCCCCUCCGCAGGUCCCAACUCCAUAAUCACCACUAUCGCAGGCCACGUCAUCACCGCCGCACCGAACGCGAUCGCGGUCGCAGGCACCACUCUAACAAGAGGAGCACCCCCAAUAACCGUAUCCGGAACCCCAAUCCGACUCGCAUCCUCCGCUCUCAUCGUAGGCACCAGCACGCUCCCUCUCGCAGCCCCAGCCCUAGCCCCAACCCCCAUCACCACCACCAUCGCCGGCCAAGCCAUCACCGCAGCGCCAAACGCCGUCGCACUCGCAGGCACCACUCUCAACCCCGGAGCCCCCGCCACCACCAUCGACGGAACAACCCUCUCCCUCAACCCAGCCGGCCAAUUCCUCCUAAACGCUCAAACCAUCCCCCUCCCUUCCACAAAAACCCCCUUAACAACCACCACAUCCAUAGCCAACGAGCCCAUCACCGCCGCCCCAAACCUCCUCCUCAUAGCCGGCAGCUCUCUCACCCCCGGAUCCCCGGGCACCACCAUCUCCGGAACAUUCCUCUCCCUCAACACGGCCAGCGCCCUCCUCCUCGGCUCCCAAACCAUCCCUCUCUUCUCCGCAUCCCCUCUCCCCCUCACAACAACCAUAGCAAACCACGUCAUCACCGCCUCGCCUCACGGAAUCGCUAUUGCAGGCACCACUUUGACGCCUGGCGCUUCGGGGAUUACGCUGGGCGGGACCCUCGUGUCGCUUAAUACGGCUGGGUCCGUGGUGGUUGGGUCGAAGACUAUUGCGCUGCAGAGCAGUGGUGGUAGUGUGGGACUGGAGGGGCUGAUAAUGGGGGCGUUUGGGUCGAACGGGCCGUUUGGCUCGGUUACUGGUAGCCCGCCGUCGUCGACGGUGGGGAGUGCUGGGUUGGGAGACGCCUGCAAUGCCCGCGGCGCCUGGGGCUCCGGGGUAGCCGUCGCUUUCAAACUUUUCGGUCUUUAUUUAUUUUAUUUAACUAUUAUCCCAUCUAUUUAUUUACUUUUCGCACAUUUAUUUCAUUACUAUCCAUUUUUUUCCUUCAAACAGAAGUACCCCUACGCCUUCCGCCAACAUCAAGCAUACUGCCUCUCAUCGCCCACGGGCUCCAAGCUCUCCGUCAAACAACACCAAGCCAGUCUCGUAGGCACGGCCCUACUCAUUCCUCCACCCACUGCAACAAACCAGCGACAAGCAUCCAAGACACCUCACUACAUAGCCUGCCUAUUCACCUCUCUCGACUACGGAAAAAGGGUCUCGCCUCCGGAGGAAAUAGUGGAAAACACAAGAAAGGCGCUCGAAAACCUAGCGAAACAAGUUGCAGAGAUGAGAGCAGCGGGCGAAGAGGUGGGCAAGUGCUGUCCGGUAAGGAUCAACAGCGGAAGGUUCGGUGUCGAGUGGCAGAAGACGAAGGCGGUUUUAGAGGCUGGAGGGCUUGUUAUCACCGUUGUUAGGCCGGAGGCAGAGCAGAAAGCAGAUGGGGCAGGUACUGCAGCAGGUGGGCAGUCUCCUGUCAAAGAUGAGAAUGAGAAAGCAAAAGGUGAGAAAUGUGCCGUGGGGACCAAUGCAAGGCGGUCCAACCGUUGGACGUCGGGUCGAACGAAGGCUAAGGGUCCGUUUGAAAAACAGACACGCGGGGUGAAGAGGAAGGUUGAGAAGGAUUUUGAGGAUGGCGACGAUGGUCGCGAGGAUAUGAAGGGGGAAAGGCUGGCAUAA